AUGGAUACCCGCGUAGGCUUCACACCUAUCAGCCUUUGCAGCCCCGUUCAGGAUCCCACAGAGCUGUUGCAGACGGCCGCUGUGCAGGUGGCAGAAGCCUUGGCACGAGAAUACUUUGGAUGGCCACGGCUGAGAAGCUUCCAGCGUCGUGCACUGGAAGCCUGGGCGGCUGGCCGCCCUUCCUUUGUGUUGUCGGGCACUGGUAGUGGCAAGAGUGGAUGCUUCACUCUUCCGGCCUUGGUGGAGCGCCACUGGCACCAGAAUCAUGCGCCGAGUUCAGGCUUUGCGCCUGUGGCAUUGGUGAUCUCGCCCCUGGUCUCCUUGAUGCACGACCAGGUACAGCGUCUUCGGCAGCAUGGCAUUCCUGCAGUAGUUUGCUCCCCUCAGGGCGGCGAAGCAAGUUGGCCGCAGGUGCUUGAAUCAGUGAACCGCGGAGCUUUGAUGGUCUUCAUGUCCCCAGAGCGUGCGGUGAAAGAGGCCAAAUUGCAGACCCUUCGACAGCUGCAGCGUGUCUCUUUGGUUGCCAUAGAUGAGGCGCACUGCGUUUCGGAAUGGGGUCAUGACUUCCGUGCCGAGUACAAUCAGCUAAGCCUGGUCAUAGCCGCUUUGGAUGGCACCGGCCGUUCGGGAAGGACUCCACCAGUUCUCGCGCUCACUGCUACCUGCAAGAGUGAGGUGCGAGAUGAUGUCGUGAGGUCUUUGGCGCUCAACGGUGCUGAACACAUCAUCGGUUCCAUGAAUCGACCGAACCUGCACUAUUCUGUGGAGGAGCUGCAGAACGAGGCCGGAAUGCUUCGACGUGUGCGUGAGCUCUUCGCCGCGGAGGGGCAGACAGAGGCAGCAGUGGCAGAGCGAAGGGCUAGGCCAGUGGACACCGCAUCAGUGAGCCCAUACUCACCCACGAUCAUUUACUGCAUCAGGAAACGUGAUGCAGAUCACGUCGCGCAGCAGCUGCAGCGAGGCGGCGUUUCUGCUGCUGUUUUUCAUUCUGAGAAGCCACCAGCAGAGCGUUGGGCCAUACAGGAUGCCUUCAAUCAGAACAAGAUUCAGGCAGUAGCGGCCACCGUCGCCUUCGGCAUGGGCAUUGACAAGCCAGAUGUUCGUCGGGUGGUACACUACUUUAUGCCCAACAGCCUUGAAGCUUACAUGCAGGAGUCUGGACGAGCAGGCCGGGAUGGAAAGCCAGGCUCUUGCAUUUUGCUGUACACCAAGACAGACCGACGCAACCGCGAGCAGGCCUUGUUCUACCAAGAGAUCGCUCCUUCGCUGAGGAGGAGCUUGAUGCGCUGCCAGGCCUCGUUCUUUUACUGUUGCAACCGGCAUGAGUGCCGCCGCGCACAGUUACUCCAGUACCUGGGUGAGGAGCCAUUGACGCACGCCGCCUUUGAGCAGAUGUGCUGUAGUCAGCAACUCCCAGCAAGAGGAACUCCUGGUUUUUGCUGCUUGGAGCCAGAUGGCAGGCCACGAUGUGGACGUUGCGACAAUUGCGAAGUUGCAGCUGUGCAAUCCUGCAAGGUGCAGCUUGAGAACGUGGGUGAGGAGCUAAGGCAAUUGCUUCAACACUUGGUGAAUGGUGGCCGAAAGGGGCGCUGUGCACUGGUGACAACACUUAGGAGAACAUGCCCUCGAAUGUCCAAUGAAGAUUGGCAUCGCAUUCUGGACUUCGCGUUGCACAAGGACUUGGUGCAGUUGGACAUCCUUCAAGGAAGGGAUGAGAGGAUGGCCUUUGCAUCCCCUCAGUUGACACCGAAAGGCCAACAAUGCGUUCUCGGACCCAAGUUUGAUGCCUUUGUGGACCUGGGCCGGAAACUGCGACGCCCCUGCAAUUUCGAGCCUCCGCAGACGCUGGACUCGGUGCUUGAGCCGACAGUGGCGGAUGUUUCCGAUGAUGAUUUGCCAUUGCUUGAGGCUGUCUUGGAUGAAGAUGAGAGACCAUUGGUACAGGCAGAGCGAGUUGAAGGAGUUGGAGAAGCCGUUGACAUCGAUGAGGAAGACAUGCCAUUGAUCCAGGCCAGCGGCGGCCACUGCAAAUCGGAGGAAGACAUACCUUUGGCACAGGCCUUCUCCGCAGAGAAACGCAAGGGCGGCUUGUGGUGUCAGGCAACACCGCAGCGCCGGCCCAGGCUGCUUGGGAUGCUGGGACAGCGGGCGGAACAAAGCGCUCCGCCAGUGAAGAAGCAAUUGCUGGAGGAGGUGAAUGCACUGAAAGCAUUGCUGGACAAGUCGCAGCUAUCCCAAGUUCGCAGCCUCGAUGCGCUGCUUCGCAGCCUACGGGAUGUGCGAGCCGCUCUCCAGGCUGCUGCGAUCAGCCCACCCGCAACAUGUGAAGUGGUGUCUCCGGACGAAAUCGGUGUACAGAGUCCGAAAGCACCUUUGAGGAUCACAGAGCGGCUCAAGGUCAGGAAGCCAAAGGCCAAAGCGGAGAAGCGGCUGCAAAGACCAGUCGCGAAGGCUGCCAGGGGAAAAGCAGCUGCAUGCCCAAAGUUUUCUGACCGCGAGCGAGAGGAUUCAUCAGCCUUGAUGACCAAGCUUAUGGAUGCUGCAGACUUCAACUCCAACCAGCAGGGGGGCACGGAGCAUUUCAAAAGGCUCGUUGGAGAAGCCAAGAAGCUUGCACCUGCUGAGAAGCGGCCAUUGCUCGAGGAGGUACUGCAGAAGCACUUUCUGGCCAAAACUCCAGGGAGGCAUCGGGAACGCCUUCGGAAGAUUAUCUUGGAGUGGAAGGCUGAAGGACUUUGA